GAUCAGCUGAUUUUGACAAAUGCAAGUUGUGGAGGUUAUGGAACUGUUUUCGUAAAUAAAAGGAAAGUUAAAUUAGAGAACUAUUAAAAUGACCGAUGAAAUUGAUUCUGACGGACUCACAGAUUCUCCAAAGAAAGGUCCUACACUAUCCACCUCUACAUCUAGCUUUGAAGCUUUGGACCCACAUGAUCCAAACUUGAGCAGAUUAGCUAAUGCUCUUUUUAGCAAAACCUCGGACUAUUUAUAUGGGGAACUGACAUCUACAUUGGAUGACUAUAGGUUGCUUGAAAAUAUGAAUCGAGUAACAAAAACAAAGUAUCGCGACAUGACGCAAAUAGCGGCAAAUGUAACAAAGAGCAUUGCAGAACUGAACGAGAAAUAUGAAUCUCUUGAGCCUCUUCUUCAGCAAAUAGAUCAGAUUGAAGAUAGCGUUAUCAAAUUGGAACAGGCGGCUUAUAAAUUGGAUGCUUAUUCAAAAAGAUUGGAAGCAAAAUUUAAAAAUCUGGAGAGAAGAUAGGUUUAUUUCAAUUUGUUGUAAAUUUUUACAAUGUAGGUGGGUACUGUUAUAUGCUGUAAAUUGUUUAAUAUACAUAUAUGGAUA